AUGACAGAAUUCUAUGAUUUAGCACCUCUAGAUAGCAAGUGUAAUCCUUUUCCAUUUCAACAAUUCAAAGGUAAAGUUGUGUUAAUUGUAAAUGUGGCCUCUAGAUGUGGGUUCACACCUCAAUAUGCAGAACUAGAAGCUCUAUACAAGAAAUAUAAUGACAAAGGUUUAGUGGUCCUUGGGUUUCCCUGUAAUCAAUUUGGUGGUCAAGAACCUGGAAGUGCUGAAGAUAUUGCAAAAUUUUGCUCGAUGAACUACGGUAUAACAUUCCCCAUACUACAAAAAAUUGAUGUGAAUGGUAGAAAUGAAAACCCUGUCUACAAAUUUCUUAAAAGUAGGAAAGCAGGCUUACUGGGGUUCAGAGGUAUAAAAUGGAAUUUUGAAAAAUUUCUGAUAGACAGUGAAGGAACUGUUCUUGCGAGAUAUCCUUCUUUGACUAAACCGAUGUCUAUCGAACCAACCAUUGAAAAUCUAUUGAACUUAUGA